AUGGACAUAAAAGCGUGUAGUACAUUUCGUGAAAUUGAUGAACUUUUUACUAACUAUGAGGGCAAUGAUGAACAAUUUAACGAUGCCUAUGGAUCAUAUAAUAAUUAUUGCCCUGUAAAAAAUGGAUCUAAAAGAUGUGAAACUGAUUUUGAAAAACUGAGCGCCAUUUCUGGACAUGCAUAUACGGAAUUAAUGCAAAAUGAUAAUAUAGAUCUACAAAGUGAAAAUGACCUAAGUGCUGAUUUUUUGGUCAUGGGAUUGUCUGAUAGAUUAUAUAAAUUAUCAAAAGAUCAUACUUUAUCUAUAAAAGAUGCAUUUACGAAAUAUUUAGGUAAACAUAUGGGGAGUUUUAAUUAUUGGAAUAUCUUACUUAAUAAAAAGUAUUUUAGUGGUUCUAACAUUGGUGUUAUGAAUGGGUUUUAUUUUUUAUUUAAACAAAUUUGUGAAGCAAUUAAUAGAAAUAACGAAUCUAAUGUGGAACAAUACCAACAAAUAAGAGACAUUACCCAAUGCUAUAUUAUUUAUAACACACUUUAUAAUUACCUUAAUCAAUGUGAUCCAUAUCUUCAAUUAUUGAAUCAUUCAAAAACAUUAUAUAAUGAGUUUAUAGAAGCUGUUAUUAAACACAAUAACCACGAUGAAUCCGUACGUGAUCAGAUUAUAAGACUUUCACAUAUAGAUACAACCAAGUUUGGAUAUGAAUUCAAUACUGAAGGAUGCACAAAAUUGCAUAAAAAGUUAACUAAAAAAUCUCCCAAAUUUAUAAGAACAGUAAUUAAAAUGUUAGAGGAUGAUGAAAAAAGAAAGAACGGUGAUGGGUCUCAAAGUACAGAAGAUAAUGACGACGAUGAUUUAUUUGAAGAUGAUGACGAUGAUGAUUUAGAUGAAGAAGAAGAUGAUGAUGAGUUGGAAAAUAGACUGCAAGGAACACCACCAGUACCUGCACCAGUAUUGACCACACCAAUUCAAAAAGGAUCACCCGAUUUUCAAGGUGUAUUAAAUGCUCCAGAGGGUCAAUUACCAAAUCAAGAUAAUUCACAAAAAAGUUCAGAUAGUGGCCAAGAUAAUUCAGCAAGUCAAACAAAAGAGCUCGGGGGAGAUAUAGUAGAUAAACCAGAACAAUCACAAUAUGGGGAACAGCAAAAUUCAGGCUCUAAACAAGGAGAUUCAAGUGGUAGGACAGGUGAUCCCCCAUCAGAACCACAUCCACCAAGUCAAGACGGCAAAUCAGAUAUAAAAAAUUCCCUAAAUCAAUCAGAAACAUCAAAUAUAUCAGAAGGAUCUUUUGGGUUCUGGUCCUCAUUUCUUAGUCUCCUAUCAAAUGGAACGAAAAUUUUUAAUAGAGCUUCCGAUUUUAUUGAUCAAAAUCAGCAAAGGAUUAAUGAUGCUAAGGACAAAAUCAUUGGUGCAUAUAAAGACGAUAUGGAUAAUUUAAAAACUAUUUACAGUGCAUCUAAUGAUUAUUUUAACAGCAUUAUUGAUAAUAUAACUACUCAACUUAAUCAAGUUGGCACUCCUAAAUCAAGCAGCUCAGGAUAUAACUUACCACAAAGUAGUGAUCAACCAAAAAAAACAGGAAACCCAUUAACACCUCAACCAUCAGCUCCAUCAAUAGAUUCACCAGCAAUUAUACCGCCAAAUCCAUCGCAACAAAACCAAUCAUCUCCACAGCCACAGUCUACCACGCCGGUUCCCUCGAAAACCGAUACAUCUACUCAAAAAACAACUUCCCUAAUAAAUGCUCAAUUGUUAAAUUCACCAAAUUCUGACCCCAUUUCGAGACCCCCCUGGAAUAUAAUUCCAACUACGUGGAAUGGAUCAGGGGAUUGUAAACCUAAAAUAAAAUUUAUGAAUGCCACAUUAGUGUGCUGCACAUCUGAUCAGUGUAGUUUAACUGGAGUUUCAAUUACAUUUGUUUUAAUACCCAUUAUUAUAUUAAUUUUGUAUAAGUAUUUUCCACGUGAAUGGACAACAAAAUCGGAAAAAAAAAACAUGAAAAGAGUUAUAAAAUUAGUUGACGGAAGCAAAAAGACGCAAAUAAUUAUCAAUUCAUAUUAUAGGAAGAAAAACCUAAAACCGGUUAUAAAUUCAGUUGUCAAAAAAAAAGAUCCACUAUUAAAUAUAUACAAACAUAUGCAAGCUGAUCCUAUACCAUUUAUUAAUUUAUUUUUUUUGUUAAUUUUUUUUGUCUAUAAAAGAAAAUCUGAUUUUUUGGAAUUAUAA